UGGGGAAGGGAGCAGGAUCCGUCCCACCCACUGCUGCAGCAAGCACCGGGAUGCUCGCAGCUUCCCAGACGCUUUUCCUAGGUCACUUUUUCCCCAGACAUAAUUAUUUACCCAGCAUUAAAUCACUCCUAAUGCGUGCUGGGGAGAAUGUCCUCGCCUCUUCCUGGAUGCCACCCACAGGUCCAGCCACCCUCACCUCCCCGAAGCAGCGGCACCGACAGCCCCAGGAGGGGACACGCAAUGGGGCCAAGCCCGUGCCAUGAGCCAGCCUGGUCCCAACGGGGCUGGACAGGACAGGACAGGACAGGCAGAUCCCCCUGAGACCGGGACCUCGCUCUGCAGCAAAAACCUGUGGCUGCCACCUCCAGGAGCACGGCUCUCAGCGGGACGUCCUGUGGGCAAGCCCGGAGCUGGGGGAUGGCUGCAGGUACCAGGGUCUUGCACAGGUCCCCAAACCCAUGGGAGAGGGUUGUGGGACAGGAGAGCAGCCGCCUGCUCUCUCUUCCCCAAAAGCCUCCGGCCCUGCAGGUGCUGCUGGUCCCAGGAGAGGCGAUGGAGCAAGGAGCCCCUCUGAGAGCUGAUCCCAGCCCAGUCCCCAUGGGACCUAAAGCCUGGAAUGCAGCACCCCCGGCUCAGCACCCCAAAAGCAUUCACAGGAGCAGCCCCACGCCCCCAAAUCAUGGCCCACACCCCCUGCAGGCUCAGCACCCACGCAGGCACCAGGGAGCACUUGCUCCCUGUGGCUCCUGCACCUAAAGAGGCAUUUAAUUCUGCUUAACCAGAGGGGACCCACCGGAUGCACCGGCCACGCCACGGCACACGGGCAGGGCUGUGCCGCUGCUCAUGUCCCGGGGAGCGAUGGAGCUGCAGCCUCCAACCCUGCUGCUCCUGCUGGGACUGGGACCUGUGGCUCCGCCGUCCCACCAGGACCUUCCCACCAGGACGCCCCCGGGGAAAGGGGCUUUGCUGCUGCCCGCUGCCCCGUCCUGCCACCUGCAACGCCGCCGGCGAGGUGCCCGUUGGGAGAGCCCGGCUCCCACGGCCACCCACCCGUCCCCAGCGCGGCCAGAACAGCACAGGAAGAAAGGGAAAAUACUGCAAGCCUGUUUCCUAAAGGCUCUGGGAAAAAAUGCUGCGUUACACGGGGCAAAGCCAAAACCAACAGGCCUUGGCAGCAGCCCCCGGCCAGGGAGCCCAGACAGCUCCUGCAGGAUGUGGGAUGAGGACAAGCAGGCAGGGCAAGGGGUCCCACAGCAGACCCCGUGCCGGGUGCUCAUGGCCAAAUCCUAACCCCGGGGCAGCCAGGGGGGCCCUCUGCAAAGGGCUUUGUCACUGGUAUGGAGGGGAGAGGGGCUGGGAUCCGGCCCUUGUGGCUGGCAGCACCGCAGCAGGGAGCUGGAGCAGCCACACCGGGGAGCCCCGGGUGACCUGCGUGGGCACAUGGGGACAGAGCACCUUGCGGGCUGUCCCGUGGUGGGUGCUGCCCCCCCCCCAGUCCAGGGGAUGUGGUCCCAAUCACAGCCUGCAGGAUGGGGAAGGAGCAGCGUGGGCAUCCCGAGCCCCAAAUGGGCCAGAUGUCAGCCCCCAGGAGCAGAUCCGUUCGCUCUGCCAAACCACACGAGCAGCACCGGGGCGCUGCCCACGACCCCCAGACCCUGCCCGAGCACCACGGAGGAGGCAGAGGGUCACAACUCACCCCGAUGACAGGGCAGUGGGGUGGACAAGCAGAGCCUGCAGGCAACGGGGCAGCAGCCCUUGGGGUCCCCUGGCUUGGCACUGCCCUGCCCGGCCGUGGGGUGGAGGAGGAAGGACACGGAGCCCCUGCGCAGGACACGCCGACCUGUUUGCGAGGGAAGCAGGUGCCCCGCGGCCUCUUUCCUGUUUCCUCCCAGCCGUGCCGGCAGCAUCCCGGGGAAGGGAGAGCUCAGGGGUCACCGCACAACGGGAGCUCCCCCAGCAGCAGGACCCCAAGCACGGUGCCCCACAGCACUGCGUGCAGCCGGUCCCUGCCCAGCCCGGGGGCUGCACGGUGUCACCGGCCGUGGCCAUGGCACUGUGGGUGACGAUGGCACGGAUGUGACCCAGCCGUGAGAUCGGGACAAACCUCCUUGGGCUUCCCCAUCCCCAAAAUCCCCCCA